AUGAGAUUCAUUCUAUCAUUAUUAUUAAGUUUGUUUUGCUUGUUUAGUUUAAGUACUGCUCAAACUAUAAAUAUAACACCCUAUGCCAAAGGUAGUGGUAGUGCACCAGAAGGAUUAGGUUACAGUUUCCCACUUGGAGAAUGCUUGGAGUUUGAAUCUGAUUUGGACGUUCAAUUGCUGUGGACCGAUUUGAAUCAAGACAAUAUUACACUGACCUAUUACUCUCAGGGCUGCAAGAGUGUCGGCCAACAAUAUGUAUUUGCUCUCAAUAGUUUGGUUGAAGAUUUCUCACUUAAAUAUGUUUAUCUACCACAAUCGGUAGUGUUCUCAACUGAGAAUAAUAUGCCUGCUAAAGCAAUUCAAUUUUACACCUAUUACACCGAAACCAAUACCUGUACGGGCACAUCAUUCCUUCAGUACUACACCAAUGGCUACAAAGAACCUUCAGGUACCAAUUUCCAAUGUCUCGGUGGUGGAAAAGCACAAGUUGUUACUUGUUAUGGUGGUAACUGUAUUCCAACAGUAUACACCACUAAUCAAUGUAAUACAGAUGAGAAUCCCCCUUACACAGUUAAAUGUUAA